AUGGCUUCCAACACCCACAUCCCGCACCUCCGUGACUAUGGAACCACGAAACAGCUUGUUGUCCAUGGCGAGCCGUUCCUCAUGCUGGGCGGCGAACUGCAGAACUCGUCGCUCUCAUCCGCACAAUACAUGCGUGAAGUGUGGCCCAAGAUGCGGGCGACGAAUGUAAAUACGCUUCUUGGAUCCGUCACGUGGGAAAUGAUUGAGCCUGAGGAAGGGAAAUUCGAUUUCGAAGAGCUGGAUAGAGUUAUUCUGGGUGCGCGCGAGCAUGGCAUGCAUUUGAUUCUGUUGUGGUUUGGGUCGUUUAAGAAUGGCAGAUCGACUUAUGCGCCGGGCUGGGUCAAAACGAAUCCAGAGCGGUUUCCACGCGCGGAAUUGCGCAAGGCGGGGGGCGUGGUGCAGGUUGCCGAUGUGCUGUCGCUGUUUUGCGAGGAGAAUGUCAAGGCGGAUGCGAAGGCGUUUGCCAGGUUGCUUGCGCAUGUCAAGGAGGUGGAUGAGAAAUACAGCACUGUUUUGAUGGUCCAGGUAGAGAAUGAAGUCGGGCUGUUGUUUGAUAGUCGAGACGGGAGCGAGCGGGCGAACAAGGUAUAUGCAGAGCCUGUGCCCGCGGAUCUGCUCAAGUUUCUGGGCGAAGAGUACGAGUCGCUGCAUACUGAUCUCAAGUCCCACCUCAAGACGUUUGUUGCGCGGUCGAAGCCGCAAUCUGGGUCGUGGGAAGAGGUGUUUGGAAAAAGCAACAGGACGGAAGAACUCUUCAUGGCAUACCACUAUGCGCAUUUCUUGGACCGGGUGGCAGCAGCGGGUAAAGCCGAGUUUCCACUUCCGCUUUACACAAACGUGUGGCAGAAUUAUGCAGGCGAGGAUGCCGACGACAAUACUCCUACUGUUGUAGGUGGAGGCGGAGAGCCAGGCGACUACCCUUCUGGAGGCGGCACCACCAAUGUUCUUGAUAUAUGGCUACGCUACGCACCUAAUCUGGAGUUCAUUGCGCCGGACAUUUAUCUCAACGACUACACGACUUUGUGCGGCAAGUACCGGCAUGGCAGAAACAUCCUCUUUAUCCCAGAACAACGCAGAGACGAGUAUGGCGUUCGCCGUAUCUGGAUAGCGUACGGAACGUUCCAAGCUCUCUUGGCUAGUCCAUUCGGUAUCGACACACUGGAGCCCGAGACCAAUCCCUUUACCAAGCACUACGGGUUAUUGUCGCAGGUUUCUCAGCUUGUGCUGGAAGCACAGAGAAAUCCCGGCUCAUCUGUAGGCUUUUGUUUCGACGAAAUUUCUGGCGACAAAGACCCAUCGAAACCCAUCAGACGGCGGUUUGGCGACUGGAACAUUACUGUCGAGCGCUCGUUUGUGUUUGGGAAACCAGGCACGGGCAGUGGCAUGGUGAUUCAUCGUGGCGGUGCGCGUUUCCUCCUCAUUGGAUGGGGCUUCCAGAUUAUGGGUGAAUCAACAAAACCCGGCACCAAGUUCAAUGGCAUUCUGAAGAACGAGGAAAAGGUCGUGGAGGAUGUGAAGACGGGUAAAUUACGGACGCUGAGGACGUUGGGGGGCGACGAGACGAGGAGUGGUGCCAAUGCCGUGAUGCCGAACGAAGACCCAGACUAUGGAGGCUUUCCUAUCGCUAUUAUGAUACCUGCUCGGACGGGCAUUGCGGAGGUUGAGUUUUAUUCGUUUUGA